AUGUCCGCCGUAGGAAUCAGCAUGCUGGAGGACAACGAAGACGUCCUGACCGAGAUCCUCCUCCGGCUGCCUGUAAAAUCCGCGCUCCGCGUCCGCACCGUGAGCAAGCACUGGCGCCGCGUCGCCACCAGCCCGUACUUCCUCACCGCCUACUCUCUCCGCCGGCCGCAGGAGAUCAUCGUGUUCCACUACUUGGACGAAAUCUGCGCCGCCCCUAUCGUCAGAGACGACGACGGCAGCAAGGUGAUGUUCCGACACCUCGGGCUCAACGGCGACCCGGGCGUCGUGGACUGCCGUGACGGGCUGCUCGUCAUGAGCCGAGGCGACGACAGGCUCCUUGUCGUUAACCCGGCCACGGGGCAAAAGGCACCGUCCUCCCGUCGCCCAUCCCUUCACGAAGUGUUCACCGCCGGCAACAGCAACUACUACGUUCUCUCGACCGGUGCCGCCGAGGCGCGCCGUCUCGCCGUCGACGCCAGCAUGAAGUGCUCCGAGCCCCCAAGCAUGCCAGGCGAUGUUCUUCUCCACGGGAUCCUGCAUUGGCUAAUCCUGCUAACACACCCAACCGAUAAGUCCGGAGCUGCUUCUGAUGAGAAACUCGUUGUCGUCGACAAGAUGUUGGCGUUCGACACGGUGUCAGAGACGUUUCGGCUGAUGGAGCCGCCGUCGGUGCCCACCGGCAGUGGCGGCUACUAG